AUGCAGCCCCCUCACCUCCUCUUCUUUCUCCCCCUCCUCCUCCCUGCGAUGUGGGCAGACCCAGAGGCAGAGACGCAGGUUUUCCAGCUGCUCCAGACCAGCCUCUUCGCCAACGUCAGCUCUGCUGAGGUGUCCGGGGUGGCUCUCCUGGGGGACAUGCCCAUCUUUGCACUGGAUCCUGCCAAUUGGAACAUCCACUUCCACUGGCCCUGGGCCCACCAGGCCACAGCUGAGGGUGAUGCAGAGAAGAUCAAGUCCCACUCCAAACUCUUUCUGCGCAAUAUGGUCCGAUACGUGCACGAAAUGAUCCAGCAGGUGCAACUGGACUACCCAUUGGUGAUCCAGAUCCGUGUGGGCUGUGUGCUGCACCCCAAUAGGACAAGCUGGGGCUUCAUGGAUGUCGGGGAGGGCGGCAGAGACCUCACAGCUUUCGAGGUGGAGAGGCAGCGCUGGGAGCCCCAGCAGUCAUCCCUGCUAGCAGAGCUGGUCAGCAAGUCCCUCAACAGCAAGAAGGCCGUCACAGGGCUCCUGGAGCACCUCCUCUCCAUCUCAUGCCAGAGCUACAUCCUCACCCUGUGCAAGUACGGGAGGGCUGAUCUGGAGAGACAAGAGCCACCCGUGGCCACGGUCUUCGCCCGCACACCCAGACCAGACCAGCUCCUGCUGGUUUGCCACGUCACCGGCUUCUACCCACGGCCCAUCAGUGUGGCCUGGCUGCGGGAUGGCCAGGAGGUGCCGCCAGGCCCAGCGCUCAACACCAGCACCAUCCUGCCCAAUGCCGACCUCACCUACCAGCUCUGCAGUGUCCUGGCCCUGGCCCCCCAUGACGGGCACAGCUAUGCCUGCCGCGUGCGCCAUCGCAGCCUGGGCACCCGCAGCCUCCUCAUCCCAUGGGAGAACCGCAGCGCAGCUCCAACCAUCGGCAUCACCAUCGCAGUGCUGCUCCUUGUGGCCGCAGCCUCUGCUGGGGGGUUUUGGUGGUGGAAGCACAGGAAGGAUGGCUCUUGUAAACUCCACCUUUUCCAAACCUUCACCUUCCACAACACCAACUUUGUGGACAUUUCGGCCUGGGCCACCCUGGAGGACAUCGUCUUUGCUGCCCUGCAGAAAUACACCUGGAAGAUCCUCUACUUCCACCCAUGGGUCUACCCGGCCCUGCCUGCAGCCGAGUGGGAGAACCUGGAAAACCUGUUCAGGGUCUACGUGCACAACUUCAUCCUAUCCCUAUCUGCUGAUGCCAGGCAGUACCAGACACCCUGUGUAGAUGGCAAGAGAAAAGCAAACGCUGUGGAUCCUAAAGAUGUCCAGAAGUACUGCACAGAAGGUGUCGUGGCAGUCCUGGGCUCUGUGCUGCUUGGGAUGGGCAGCCUGGAGGAGCCAUCUCUGGGGCUGCAGCAGGAUGCACAUGGUGGGGUCAUUGGGGGCCUGCUGCAGUUCACUGAUGUUGGACCUUCCUUUCGAGGGAAGGUGCAGGGCAGGAGCCAGGCGGAGAGCUGGAAGCCAGCGGUGAGGUGUGUCCAGGAGGUGAAAUGGGACAUCGCGGGUGCGCAGCCGCUUGGCAGUUGGGAGUCUCUGCGGGUGUUGUUGAGCAGCAACCUCGUCAGCUGUGAACAGGUGCUGGAGGCUUUUACUGGAAGAGCAGAAAUGGAUGGAGUGGAGCGAUUCAAGCCCGUCUUGGGUGGCCUGGAGAGUGGAACCUCGGUUGUGCUGAAGGUGGCCUGUAUGCAGCUGAGCAAUGCCAUGAUCUGUCCUGCUGGUGAACUUGACUUGGGAGUUCAGAUUCGUACUGAGCUGAUGCAUUCAGGACUUCAUCACAUCCUCAAGGGUGUUAUUCAAACCUGUGGGCAUAUUCUCAACAUACCUGAUCCAGAUCAUGUUACUUAA